AUGCAUUUCUCUAACUCAUUCCUCACUCUGGCGCCCCUCGCCCUCCUGGUUCGAGCUGACCUCGACCUGGAUAUUAACGAUACUCCCCAGGUUUGCCGCAGCAUCUGCCAGCCAAUUGCUACUCUGGGUGACCAGUGCGACGUCGACCUCCCGGGCGACAACAAUGACCGCCAGGAGGAUCUGCUCGAGCUCCAGUGCUUCUGCACCAACAACAGCUUCGAUGUCUCCAGCGUUGCUUCGCUCUGCCAGGACUGCAUCCGCCAGAACCAGAACAACAGCGGCAACGAUGAUGCUGACGAUGCUCUGGAGGACAUCAACAAGAUCGUCCGCUCGUGCAGCUUCUCGUCCACGAGCUACGCUGCCAGUGCCGCCACCUCGUACAUCCAGUCCGUCACCGUGACUGCGACUAGGCCCACGGACGCUUCCCAGCUGACAACCACGUACAACGGUGCUCCCAGGACUACUACCCAGAGCAACAGUGGCAGUUCCAGCACCACUACUAGCGGUGCCGCAGCAACCAGCAGCGGUAGUUCCAAUGACAACGGGAACGCUGCCUCCGGCCAGGCUGCCUCUCUUCUGCUUGCUGGUGGCUUCGCCGGUGUUGUUGCUGCAGCUCUUUGCUAA